GCUGAAGGGGAUGUAGCGCGAUCUGAAUGGUAGGCUAGUAGAGAAGGGGAGUGCGGCAGCUUCCAAACACACGUACGACUAGGAUCCGUGUUCAGGAGUGUUACCUCGGCCCAGACUGCCCUCCUCCCCACACCUCACCCGCCACCAUGAACUACCUGCGCAGACGUCUGUCCGACAGCAGCUUCGUGGCCAACCUGCCCAAUGGGUACAUGAUGGACCUGCAGCGGCCCGCCAGCCCGUCCAGCUCGCCCGUGUCGCCCGCCACAGAGAGGAGACAGACGCAGCAGGACUCCGCCCCGACCUCCUCCGCUUCCUCCUCCGCCGGCUUCCUCAGCUCCUUCUCCAGCGUGGUGAAGAGCGCCCAGGCCGCCAGCAGCGGGCAGGCCCAGACAGCGCCCCCUGCUGCCCCAGCACCCGCCCCGGCCGCCCCGCCCGCGCCACGCAAGCCCAAGAUCCUGCUGGUCAUCGACGACCCCCACACAGACUGGGCGAAGUACUUCCGCGGAAAGAAGGUGAAUGGGGAGUACGAGAUCCGAGUGGAACAGGCAGAAUUCUCGGAGAUCAACCUUGCGUCCUAUGUCAAUGGUGGAUGUGUGAUUGACAUGCAGGCCAUGAGGGGCGGGACAAGGGUGGUCAGGUCUUUCAAGCCAGACUUCAUUUUGAUUCGCCAGCACGCCUACAGCAUGACCCCGGGGGAGGACUUCCGCAGCCUGGUGAUUGGGCUGCAGUUCGGGGGCGUGCCCAGCGUGAACUCGCUCCUCUCCAUCUAUAACUUCUGCAGCAAGCCCUGGGUGUUUUCUCACAUGAUCAAACUCUACCAUUCGCUGGGCCCAGAGAAAUUCCCUCUGAAUGAGCAAACCUUCUACCCCAACCACAAACAGAUGCUCACCACACCCACGUUCCCAGUGGUGGUCAAGAUGGGACACGCCCACUCCGGCAUGGGAAAGAUAAAGGUGGAGAACCACUAUGACUUCCAGGACAUAACCAGCGUGGUUGCCCUGGCAAAGACGUAUGCAACCACAGAGCCAUACAUCGACUCGAAGUACGACAUCAGGAUCCAGAAAAUCGGCAACAAUUACAAGGCCUACAUGAGAACGUCCAUCUCAGGCAACUGGAAGGCCAAUACAGGCUCCGCGAUGCUAGAGCAGAUCGCAAUGACUGACAGGUAUCGGCUGUGGGUGGACUCCUGUGCGGAGAUGUUUGGCGGCCUGGACAUCUGUGCGGUGAAGGCGGUCCACGGAAAAGACGGCAGCGACUACAUCAUCGAGGUGAUGGACAGCUCCAUGCCUCUGAUAGGGGAGCACGUGGAGGAGGACAAGCAGCUGAUCACAGAGCUUGUGGUGAACAAAAUGGCCGCGCUGCUCACCGGCGCCUCCUCGCCUCCGCUUACCUCAGCCAAGCCCCAGCCUGGACCUCUAACGACCCAGCCAAGACGAGCCCAAGGUGUUCCCCGAUCGAGGGGGAGCUCCCCCUCCCAGUCGGCCCAGGGGUCUCCGCAGAGAGCGCGCUCAGCCACCACCUCUCCAAGCCAGGCUUUCCAGCCCGGACCUAUCCCAGCAUCCUCAUCCGGGUCAGGACAGCAGAAACAACCACCACAGCUCAAUAAAUCGCAGUCGCUCACCAACGCCUUCAGCAUCGGGGAGGCUUUGCGGGGGAACGUCAGCGAGGAUGAGGCCAAGGCCGAGACCAUCCGCAGCCUCCGGCAGUCCUUCGCCAGCCUCUUCUCCGAUUAGUCCCCCCCUCGCUGGGGAUGAGCCUCGGAAAAACCGAAAGGGGGCACCCGUUUCUGGGACACCCGGGUCUGCAGUGAGGAAGCUUCCCAUCCUCUACUUCCUGUACUUCCCCACACACCAGCCGGGAGGGUGCGCCGCUCAGUCUUGUCCAGAGGGCAACCAAGACACGCUUAGACAGUUCCUGCGGGGCUGCAUCAUACACAUCAGCUUUUUGCAUCUGUCAUUCUUUCCAUUGUCCGUUUCAGUGCCGUUACUCCAUCCAUUGUUAAUAGUACUCAUUUACAUGUGGAGAUUUUCACUUUUUGCCCCAUAAAUUUUUAAUCUUAAAAUAUAUGUGGCUCCACAGCAAUGUGGAUACUCUCUAGACCUUGGAAAUAUUGAACCACAAGAAAAGAACAAAAUAACUUGCCAGUCACAUAUUCUCAGUUAUUCUUAACGCAGGAAUACAAACCUUUCCUUACAGCGCCAAAUAGGUCAUUUCUGAUUGGGGGGUGGAUCAAGAUUUGAUCUAAUUUCAGUCUUUUAGCUUUAACUGCAGUUCAUCUACUUGCCUGUCCUCUGCUUCAUCUGGUGGGCUAUAACCUUCAAUAUGCAGUUCAAAGCUUGGCCUUUAACAUCCAAAGAUAUCUGCACUGAAAUUUUACAUCUUUCUCUGUGCUUAAAAGAACGAUUUGCAUAGAGAGGCUCAGGCUUUCCUAACCUGGAUCAUUCGUAUCUUCUGCUGUGUGUAGUCUUCCACUACAGGCCAGUACUCCUUUAUGAACCAGAUCAUUUGUUACAUGUACUCCAUAUUAUCUGUAAAUAAUACACCAAAAGGAAAAAUCUAGAUAAAUGAAACAGAACACUAAACUGCAGAAAAAAAGAAACAUUUUGCCAUCACAUGUCAAGCCUGUCUUAAAAUAUGUGCACCAUGUAUAAGAUAUAUUUUCUUAAUUUUUAUCUUAAUAAAAAGAAAACAAAAUCUUAUGCAACACCUAUUUCACACAAAAGGGUUAAGAAAUUUAAGCUUAUACAUUCUCAUAUUUAAGGGCAAGUGACUUUCUGAAAAGCUUGACCACUGAAAUGAAUAGAGAUAACAGAGGGCUACUUUAUGGGCUACAGCUGUACAUGAUUCUGUUGUACCCUGUAGGUCCACAGCUGGGAGAAUCAACCAGUGAAAAUGCAAAUAUUAAAAAGGACCAAUCAGAAUGCAUUGUGGUUGCAGUCAAUACAGUAGGCCUCUGUUAUGAGUCCUUGUUUCAUUGCAGCUUCAUUUUGGUCAAGAUUUUCUCUCAGUUUCUUAAUGAAAUUGCCACCAUACACCAGCCACAUAUUCACAUAUGUUUUUCUACACGACUUUUCAUCUCAAAGGGAUCCAGAGAGUUCUCCACAGGGAAAAGUAGCUUGUAUUCAACUGGAUUUUGAAUUUCUCUGCUCACUGCAAAGAAAAGCACUGGCUUGUAGUAAAGAUGUCAUCACCUAGAGGAGAGCGUUGGGUUCUAGUAUUUUAUUUAUUUAUAAAUUUUUUAUUUUGUAUAUUUGCUGUGAAUUUCUUCCGUACAUACUUUAUUGGUCACCUUUUCAGAACCUCCCAAUUAUGAAUGAACACAUGGCCUUAACGUUGGAUGCACCUACUUCCAGAAAAUAGCUUGAACACUCAGAAGUGCUUCCUUGUUGACUGUUUCUCAGUGCGAUUUGUUAGCUUUGUGUAUUCACAAGGAACAUAUAUCUGUCCAAGCUCCGACCAACAUUAAUAUUGUAUAUGUUGCGCCUGUGCAACAUUCCGGAAAAAACUGUAGUAAUGAAUAAGUUUUACACACUCACCUUUUAUUUUCUUCUGAAAAUGCCCAAAAUCAACCUACGUCUACUAAGUAUUGUUUACCGUUUCACU